UUUCGGAUCGCCGCAGCUGGCGCAGACGGCGGGUUCUCCGAGCGGCGCGCGGCCGCUCUCCUCGGCUCCGGGAUGAUCGGCCAGAAGACCCUCUACUCCUUUUUCUCUCCCACCCCCGCCGGGAAGCGACGUGCCCGCAGUCCCGAGCCGGCCGACCCGGGGACCGGCGUGGCGGCGGUGGCUGAGGAGAGCGGGGAUGCGGCGGCAAGUCCCCCCAAGAAGGCCCGGGCCGGGCAGGAGGACCCCGGCACCCCGCCCUCCUCGCCGCUGAGCCCCGAGCAGUUGAUCCGUAUCCAGAGGAACAAGGCCGCCGCCCUGCUCAGACUCGCCGCGCGCAAUGUGCCAGUGGGUUUCGGUGAGAGUUGGAAGAAGCCGCUCAGCGCGGAGUUCGGGAAACCGUAUUUCAUCAAGCUAAUGGGAUUUGUCGCGGAAGAAAGAAAACGUUACACUGUUUAUCCACCCCCGCACCAAGUCUUCACGUGGACCCAGAUGUGUGACAUAAGACAUGUGAAGGUUGUCAUCCUGGGACAGGAUCCGUAUCAUGGACCCAACCAAGCCCAUGGGCUCUGCUUUAGUGUUCAAAGACCCGUUCCACCGCCGCCCAGUUUGGAGAACAUUUAUAAAGAGCUGUCUACAGACAUAGAGGGUUUCGUUCAUCCUGGUCAUGGAGAUUUAUCCGGGUGGGCCAAGCAAGGUGUUCUCUUACUCAAUGCUGUCCUCACCGUCCGUGCACAUCAGGCUAAUUCUCACAAGGAGAGAGGUUGGGAGCAGUUCACUGAUGCAGUCGUAUCCUGGCUAAAUCAGAACUCCAGUGGCCUGGUCUUUUUGCUCUGGGGCUCUUACGCUCAGAAGAAAGGCAGUGCCAUUGACAGGAAACGCCACCAUGUGCUGCAGACAGCCCACCCCUCCCCAUUGUCGGUGUACAGAGGGUUCUUUGGAUGUAGACAUUUCUCUAAAACCAAUGAGCUGCUGCAGAAGUCUGGCAAGGAGCCCAUCAACUGGAAGGACCUGUGACUCUGACCUGAAGGGCUGUCUCUGGGCAGUUCUCUGGAAGCUAUCAAAGUAUUUGCUAGGAGUGACCGCAUGACCCAGACAGAAGCCUCCAGAGCUCUCUACCCUGGCUGGGACUCUGUGGCUAUCUUUGCAACAUGGCUUUGGCCUAAAACCUGCUGUCACGGUGUUUGGGAGAGGGUGGGGGGGUCAAAUACAGAGACAACUUCUGUCACCUUAUGGUGGAAGGGGACGGGGGGGACAGUCGGCUGCUAUUUGUUUUUUACCUGGCAGGUUAGACUUUUGGUUAAAGGUAUCAGGUGUGUUUAUCUAGAAAGCACCCCCCCUCCCCCGCCAAUGCCCUGCCUGGCAUUCCAGUUCUUGGCCAAGUACAUAUCUGUUCCCUCUAUCCUUUCCUGAGCCCUCAGGCCCCUACUCCUUGAAGGAAGCAGGACAGUUUGCAAGUGCCUAGAAAUUGAAGAAAGCUGUGUGAGUCUUCACAAACAAGCAGAGGGAAAUGAGCUGGGGCUUAUUUUCAUAGUUAAUCCUCUGGGUGUUUCUAGGAAUGAGCAGUGGAAAUUGAAAGGGGAAAUUUUUACUUUUUUUUUUUUUAAGCGAGGAAAUGCUUUUCUCCUAGGUUUUUGAGGCAGCACAGACUGCCAAAGGCUGUUUUCUAUGGACUGAAAUCACGUGGGGAUUUUUUUUUCCCCCUGCAACACUGGUGAAUUUUGCUGUUUUAGAAAUAUGCGGAUGUAUAUAUAUAUUUUAUAAUUUCCUAUUGGGGAGACAAUCUUCGUUAGGUCUGCACCUCCAUCCUAGAUCCUGUUGGGGAUGCUGUUAUGUUAGCUGGGGAAAGAGUUAACCCCGACUGAGUUUGGGAAUAAAAGAUUGUUGGAAGUUUCA